GUCAACUUUUGUAUAUGACGUUUAGGCGCGACGUGUUGACGUUUCGUUUUGUAAUUUUCUGUAAUUUUGCUUCGUGGUUUCACUUUUAAAUACGUGUCAAGUGAGUUUGAGCGUGUUUGGCUUUUAGGGCCUUUAAUUUUAAGAUAACUGACAGAUAUAACUAUUGAUCAAACAAAAUGGCUCCCAAACAGAGGAUGCGCAUUGCCAAUGAGAUUGCCAGCAAAAACAUCACACAGCGAGGGAAUGUACCCAAAUCUACUAAGGAAAAGGAUGACCAAUAUCCGGUAGCUCCCUGGCUUAUUGGACUGUUCAUCUUCGUAGUAUGCGGCUCUGCUGUAUUCCAAAUCAUCCAGUCUAUUAGGUUGGCCUAAAUCCCCCUGUGAUCCCCGACUGAUAAUUUUAGAAACCAGUUGCAACCUGUGGCAUGGGUUUUUCUCCUUAUUUCAUCAUCUAAUUUGUUAAAUAAAGUUAUAAAUAUGUAUGAUACACUUUUGUGCUCUCUUAUUUUAUACAUAUUAAUGCAUUUGUCAAUUUAAUUUCUGAAGUGUAUUUUCCUUUUCUUGUGAAGUAAUUUGUGUAUGUAAAACAUUUCCAAAGAUCUUCGUAAACUUUAUUACAUAUUUCAAUUUGUAUUGAUUGAUUUUUCAUCACUUGUGCCACAAUGUCAUAAAAAACCUACACCACCUUGUAUCUAUUAAAUAUUUUGUACUAUUAUUUAUGUUAUAAAGUAUUUCAUACCUACAAGGUUUAGCGGCAUAUUUCUUACUGCUUAUCAUAGUUGCAUACAAUUGGUUUAGUGUAAGUGCAGUUUAAUUAUAAUCUCAAAAAACUUGUAUGUACUAUAUUCUUGUAUAUUGUAAAUUUAAAUCUAGGCUAGGGAUGCACUUUUCAACUUUGAUAAUGUAUGGCUACUGAUUUCUUUUUAAAUUUAGUUCCAAGAACAUUUGUCUCAAGAAAUAAUUAAAAAUUUUAAUAUUAUUUUUUUUGAGCGAACAUUUUUGCCACCUUGCUUUUGAUGGUAUCUUGUCAGUGCAGUGAUAUAAUGUAUAGUUUUAUAAAACCAAGUUAUUUAGUGGAUUCCUAGCCUCAAAAUAAAGUAGGAUUUUCACUAUUGUUGAACGAAUCGAUUGUCAUAUUAAAAAUGAUUAUUAAGAAAUAAUGAUAAAAUCAAGAUUGCAUUUUUACACCAUCUCUACAAUAGUGAAACUCCGCCUUACAUAAUCAAAGCAUUUUAAUGUUGUUGAUUAAUUGAAUUUAUUUUCCAUUCCUAAUUAAUUAUUUUAUGACCAAGCUAUGAAAGACGCACAAGUAAAUAACUUUGUGCAGCGAAGUUAUUUUUUAAAAUGGUGGAUGUAUUUUAAUGAUUAUAGUCCAAUUUUAAUUGUUUUAAUAUUUUAUCCUCGCCACACGUGAAAUUAUUUGUCGGUUCUAUUUUUUAUUUUAACUAUAAUUUAUUUGAUUAAAUACAGUAUAUUUGUCGA